UCUCUCAUUCUAUGCUGCAACGCGUAGUUACUCGGUACGUAAUGAAGGAUUUCAGUAACGACUCACGAAAUUUCGAACAAGGUUUUCAUCAUUCUUGCCUCAUUGAUAAAAAGGUUCCCGUUUAUUCUUAUCUUGCUGGUGUCGCUCCGCUGUCGGACAUUUCCGGAAUAAGGAAUGUACAGACUGGAACGGCAAUGACAGCAAGUGACUACGUGCAUCUACACACAACUUUGGUUACAUUCUCUUUGUAUUGAACGUGCCUCUUUUCCUCGAAUUUUACCACAGAAUGCCUACAAAUAUUUUUGAAAAGAAAAAACCAAUGGAACUCAACGGUGCACGUAAAGUGCGUCAUCUUGAACCACCUAGACGACGAAAGAAAGAGAGAUGAUAGGUCUUUUGUCUGUUGAGCUGAUGAGUUGAGUGAACUUUCACUGAAUGACGGUCUGUCACUCUUGUUAAACUGCAAGAUGAAGGCAAGAAAUUCAUUAACUGAUAGGUAGUCGUCGUUGUCGCGUUCAGUGUUUGUCGUGAAAGCCACUGGGAGACUGAUGAGAUGGCCGAUAUGCUAUUGACUGAACGAGCUCGCGGUGGAGGAAGUGGAGGAUACGGCGGAGGAGGUUACGGCGCCAGCGAGUACGGAAACGAUUACGUCGACCCUUACGUUGUGUUGGCUUCUUUGGGGUUCGGCGUUUUCCUGUUCAACAUCAUUUACAACUUGUUGAACCGCAGCGCUAGAAGCGUGGACGUCUCCGACAUGAAUUUGCCAUUGCAAUUGUCUGAUCGACCAGAAGAAUUGCACAAUUUCCUGGAAAAUGCCACAAGCCAUUACCUGGAGGAGGAAUCGUGGCACGAGGAAAUAAGUUGGUCGGACGACGGUGAGUUGUCGUCGACACCGGAAUCAUCGCAUCGCCUGCUCUUUUUCAAGGAGUCGCUUCGAGUGGGUCAACGGGUCGCGCAAGCCAUUCGUCGUUAUCCGGCCUCCUGUCCCAAAAUUCUCCUCUGCAAGCUGGGCAACGACGCGAUCGCGUGGAACAGGCAACCGGCCAUGGCGAUCAAAGCCAUGCAACUCUACAUAACAUCGCUAGCACAUCAUUAUGGCCAGGAAGGUACUGCCCGUUACGUCGAUCAGGUAGAAAACGAUGCGGCUCAAGACAAAUUCGACUCUAAUCAGGAUUGCGAUUACAACAGAAACGGACCGUCGGAAAGCGACUGUGGUCUCACUGAUAUAAUGGCUUUGUUUUAAUGCCUUCUGGCUUUUUUAAUAGAAUUAGUCUACAUUUGGGUAAUUUUAUCAAUUGGUAAAUCUAUUUACCGAGGCAAAUGGUUAUGUUUAAACUUUGCUUUUCCUUUCCCUUCCUUCCCAAAGUAAAAUUCAAGAGGCAAUAAAAAAAAAUUCACUCUGCACUUUGCUGAUAAGUAGAAAUACUGCAGCUAAGUAGAAAUAAACGUCGUGUGUAUUAUAGCCCAAUUAAACACCGUAACAAACUAUACGACAUAAAGACCCA